CCAGAUACCCACACAGAAGAGGAGAAAAAGGCCAGCGCUGUGGAUUCAGGGAGGCAGUGUCAGGUUUCAAGCUCUGCACUGUCCAUUCCAAGAGGGGCCAUGCAGGGGCCCUGCCUCGGGCUCUGGGUCUGUGUCCUGUGCUGUGCAGUCAGAGCCUAUCCCAACGUGUCCCCACUACUUGGCUCCAGUUGGGGCGGCCUGACCCACCUGUACACGGCCACAGCCAGGAAUAGUUACCACCUGCAAAUCCACAAGGAUGGCCGGGUGGACGGAGCACCCCAUCAGACCGUCUACAGUGCCCUGCUGAUCCGAUCGGAGGAUGCAGGAUUUGUGGUGAUAACAGGUGUGAUGAGUAGGAGAUACCUCUGUAUGGACUUCAGAGGCAACAUAUUUGGAUCACUGCACUUCAGCCCCGACAGCUGCCGCUUCCUGCAGCGCACGCUGGAGAACGGCUACGACGUGUACCACUCACCGCAGCACCGCUUCCUCGUCAGCCUGGGCCGCGCCAAGCGCGCCUUCCUGCCCGGCACCAACCCGCCGCCCUACUCGCAGUUCCUGUCGCGCAGGAACGAGGUCCCGCUGCUGCACUUCAGCACGGCGCGGCCGCGGCGCCACACGCGCGGGGCCGAGGACGCGGCGCGCGACCCGCUGAGCGUGCUGAAGCCGCUGCCGCGCGCCACCGCCGCGCCCGCCUCCUGCUCGCACGAGCUGCCCAGCGCCGAGGACAACCGCGUGCUGGCCGGCGACCCGCUGGGGGUGCUCCGCGGCCACAGGGGCGGCGCGCGCGCGGAGCGGUGCCACCCCUUCCCCCGGGUCGCCUAGCCCGCCGGAGGGCAGCCCUGCAGCCCGCCUUCCAGGGAAGGACACCGACUCCAAGGGCCCCGCUGCCUUGUCGGCCCCGGAAGGGCGGGGUGGGGUCCCGAAUCAGCUGCUUCCCUCUGCUCCGCCCCCGGGGGCCCGUGGGCAUCUCCCUUCGAGGCCGAGUGAGGAGCUUUCACCGUCUUCCUGCCCCUCUUAGGCCGCCUGUCUGAAUUAAGAAUCCCCCCUAGGUGAGCGAGAAACUUGCCCGUGUGUGCGGAGGAGAGAAGGGAUUCCCACCCGCUAACCGCUGCUUUCCCUUCCUUCUGCCUCUCUUCUUAAUCAGCAUUAGCAUUGAGAACAAAGCAAUGGCUCAGUGAGUUUGCUCCUCGGGAAGGUGAAGGGAGAGCCGGUACCAGCAGCAACUCCCCUGCUCCCCGCGUUUAUCUGCCUGGACCCUGUGGGCAUUUGACUUUGCAACCUUGGCCUGGGGCAUUAACAGCUGAACUGGAGAAACUGAUGACACUCCGAGUCGCGCACACCUGUGCUUUUCCCUGAGCUGCUCCGGAGAGGAGCUGUCCAAAAGACUGGGGGCAGGACGGUCAAAACCUAACCACUGGAUGCUCAGAGAACUGAGGCAGAAAUCGACCUUCCUCCAAGGUGGGCGCCCUCGCCAUGCCCGCUCCCUUUAAGCAGCCGGAGCCAGAGGGCCGAAAAUGACCUGGCUCUGUUCCCAAGUGGUCCAUGAUAGAGCCCCGGCCCGGCCCCUUCUUUGGCUUUAGGGAAUUUGGCUUGAGCAGUUUUGGUAUCAGCUCAAGGAAAUCUACCCUGUUAGGAAAUGGGAAUAAAUUUUCAAAGUGGAAAUAAAUUCGAACCCUCCUAAGAGGCAUUCAGUUAAGUCUCUGCCUCCAGGUUGAGUAAUAUCCACUCUGAAUGAAUUACAUCCAAGGAGAGGACUUUGAGCCACUGACUGCUCUGGUUAGGUUUUCUGUAGCCUGGCAAAUUGUGUCAUUUUGUGUAUGUGAAGUGGCAUCAAGGACACAGGACAAGUCCAAUAACCAAGGAUCAAUGUGUAGCAAUUAUGCAAAGCCCACCUGCCAGCUUUUCACUGUGGUCUCUGCUGCCCCACAGCAGUGCCUAGGGAGUCAGCUAAAACACUCCUCAGCUGACGUGUCUGGAUCUUGAUCCCCUUGGAAAUUCUGGGGGCAUUAAAUGAAGACAGUUUUCAGUUCCAGAGCCCCAGUACUACCCUCAGGAAAAACCACCUCCAAAUGCCAAACAGCUGAGGAGCCCAGACAGGAGGGCUGAUGCUCAGACCUCACCCUAGCCCAAUCCUGGGACUUGUCUUCCUACAAGUGGGUCCCAUUUUCCUACCUCUAUUUCAGUGGUCACCUAAAGAGCAGAAUAUUACCAAGCAAAGUAGAAAACAACAGCUUCUUCCAAAUCACCUUUUUUUUUCUACUGCCAUCAUGUACCCAAUGUUAGACAUUGGUGCAUUCUUUUUACUUAAACUUUGGAUAGCUGUUUCUGCCUCAUGGUUUUAAGCUGAACCUGAAGGAUUUUGUUCCUAUUCUGAAAUACUAAAACUGUGUAUAAUACUAUAUAGCAGUGUGUGGCAAUUAUUUUCUUUAUAUGGUUUUCAUUUCCCACUGGAGAUAUUAUUCUGUACAAAAGCUAGUGGAAGGUCCUCAAUACUGAUCACUCCAUGGAAAAUCCCAAAAGGACUUUGGUAGAAAGCUGGUUGUAAUCUCACAAACUCAAUGCCACUUACCAGGGGUUUUCUCUUUGGCAGAGCCAUGGUAGCCCCCCAAGUUUCCUAUAUCCCUUUGCAUGUGGCAAUAUUUAUUUAUUUAUUUGGAAGAUUUUUGCCUAUUGCUCUAUAUUUAUAGAUAUUUAUAAAGAUGUAACCCCACUUUUCUCCUUUCUUCUGUUUGAAAGAAAAAUAAAAUUUAUCUCAGCUUC